UUAGGCAGGUCCGAUUAGGCCAUACUUAUUUUCGCCCACUUUGAAUUCCUAAGUAUAUAUGCAACACGAUCUUCACCCUAAAUUGACUGCAAGGACGAUGAACUCAUGGAGAGUUCACGCAAUGUACAUGCCCAUAAUAAGUGCGUCCCUCAGAGCAAGUCUACAACCUGCCUGUAGCAAGUUGCACUUAACACUAAUGGCGGUACUUAGCUUUCUAAUCGAUGACUAAUAAGCAAAACGUCGAUGUUGUUAGAGCCGGAGCAGACAUACUUCGACAGAGUCUGAAUUUCUAGACUGGUCGGUUCAAGUCUGGUGGAGUGUUUUGACAUGAUAACAGUCAGUUUGACACAAAUGGGGCGCAAAAUGAACAAAUAUUGCACGAUCCGGUAUCUUCUUUUGCUGGCAUCUCUCACUGGGUUCAUGAAUCUUGUUUACCUAACGUUCCUGGCCGACCUGAGGGGUACUCUUGAGCUUUACACAAUGCAACGUUCUUCGUCAAGUGUCCUUCGAAGACAGAUAGCAAGCAUUCAAGUAGACGCGGAUAUCAAAGCCGCCACGGGACCAAGUUUAAGUUACCUGGAACUGCUGAAUUUGGAUUUGAAAGACCUGGUUCAAAGAUACUUGGCAUCUUCACAAACUAUUGCUAAACAGUAUGAACUCAACAACCUGCAAGAGGAACCGCAGGAAGAGCAAGUACUUGUAAAUCACUUUUAUCUGCCUCGUUGCCUUCCGGUUCCCUUUCUCUUAAUCAUGGUUCACUCAAAUCCUGUUAACUUCAUGGAUAGAGAAUCCAUACGGUUAUCGUGGGGUCGAGGAGAUAAUCCAGUAAAUCAGGGCAGUUGGACAAGUCCUGAGAGAUCUUGGAAGACAGUUUUCCUCGUUGGGAAAACGAAUAGUUCCAAGCUAAACAAUCUGCUGAGGCAAGAAGCUCAGGUUUACAAAGACAUUGUCAUCGGAGAUUUCCUCGAUACAUACCGUAACUUGUCCUUGAAGACUUUAUUAGGUCUUCAGUGGACCUCACACCAUUGCAAACCUAAGUAUAUCCUCAAGACAGACGAUGACUGUUACGUGAAUGUCCUAUCGCUUGUUCAGUGGCUACAAGAAUAUCACGUGACCAAUGGAUCAAGGCCGCUAUACGCGGGUAAUAUUCAGAGGGACAUGGAGGUUGUGAGAGAUAAAACUAAUCGUUACUAUGUGUCCGUAAUGGACAUUAAUAGACACAAGUAUCCGCCUUAUGCCUCGGGUGGAGGUUAUGUGUUCAGUGCAAGUCUCUUGCCCAGACUUCUCGCUGCGUCUCAGGAGGUUCCUAUCAUACCAGUUGAAGACGCUUGCUUUGGACUGUAUAUGCAGCACAUUGGUAUCAAACCACUUCAUAAUAGCAAAAUUUUACCGUAUGUCUUCUGUGAUGGCGCGAAGACUAGUUUGAAUGAAAGACCAAUAUGUCAUUUACGCGAUCCGCUUGUGUUACACGGCAUCAGGGACAUUCUUCAAAUACAGACACAUUAUAACGUCUUGUUAAUGACGUUUCUUCCAACAAUCUGCUCGUACGUAGAUAAUCAGUCAUUUAGCAAAAACUUUCAACAAUCGUGUUAACUUGUGUAUAAUGUAAAAACUAUGAGGAAUUAAAUUAUUGUCAUCUACGUUUCAAGCCAACAUUUGCAUUAAAGUUCUAAUAAAAAACUUCUUAUCAACCA